GAAUUGAAGAACUUGUAUAGCGGAAGCCUUUCAUAGUAACAAAGCAAUGAACGGGACCGUUCCGGAAGAAGUGGUGGCAGCGUAAAACCGAUAAACUUUCGGUUGUGUUUCUAAAGAUAAGUGUCAACGUAAAGUGAGUCCAAGUUUUUGUGUAUUUACUUUGAAAGUUUACGGCGGGUCUAAACCAGCAUAGCCUACAGCGGGGAACUGAAAAUGGAGGUAGAAAAGGAAAUCAAGAAGAUGACCCUGGGCCAUGAAAUUGGCGCCGGGGCGGCGUGUCUGAAAUGCAAGGACAAGUGUGAGGGGUUUGAGCUACACUUCUGGAGAAAGAUCUGCCGUAACUGUAAGUGUGGGCUUACGGACCACGAUGUGCAGAUGAACUCUGAUGAAAACAGGAAGGUGGGCAAGCUGUUCGAGGAUACCAAGUACACUGGCCUCAUUGCCAAGCUCAAAACCGACGGUGUACCCACGUACAAGGGCAACCAGGUCACCUUCUCCAUCUCUGCCAGCCCCAUAUCAGGAACCGCUGUUCCAUACAGUCCCCAGUCUGCCCACAAUGUGCCAGCCAAUGCUGGCUAUGGUGAUGGAGCUGUGCCCGGGGCUGGAGCUGUGCCCGGGGCUGGAGCUGGGUCCGGGGCUGGAGCUGGGCCCGGAGCUGGCUAUGGGGCUGGAGCUGGGCCCGGCGCUGGCUAUGGGUCCGGAGCUGGAGCUGGCUAUGGUGCUGGGGCUGGACCCGGAGCUGGUUAUGGGUCCGUGGCUGGAGCUGGGCCCGGCGCUGGCUAUGGGGCUGGGGCUGGACCCGCUACCAUGCCCAAACCUGGGGCAAUCAGAGCCACUGCUGUGUCAGCCAAUGUCGUACCUGUCAGGAAGGAUGCCGUUCCCCUGAAGUCUGUUACCUACGAGUGGGCUCCUCCAGGGGUGAAACAGCACAUGGCGGUACGCUACAUCGAGCUCCUGCCCCCAGAGAGGCGUCCCAUAGCGGGCACGGAGGGUGCAGCCUACCGCCGGCAACAGAUGGCAGUGCAGCUACCGGAGCACGACCAGGAUCCGUCCAAGUGCCAUGAGCUGACCCCUGCAGAGGUCAAACAGAUGCAGCAGUACGUCCGCAAGUAUAAAGACGAGGCCCUGGGAGUGGGAGACAUCAAACUGCCUGAGGAGAUGAUGGGUCAGGAGGGAGGACCAGGACAGGGAGCUGAACCUGGGAUGGGGGCUGGAGGUUACCCUGGGGCAGGAGAAGGUGGACCAGGAGACAUGGGUACUGCUGCCACUGCUGGGGCCAUGGGUACUCCGGGAGCCCCUGGAGAUCACCUUGCUGGACCCUGUGGACACUAUUCGUGCCACCAGUGCCAGCUGACCAUGCGUCAGGGUGAGCCUGCAGUGUACGCAGAGCGUGCUGGCUAUGACAAUCUGUGGCACCCAGCCUGCUUCGUGUGCUGCACCUGCUCAGAGCUCCUGGUGGACAUGAUCUACUUCUGGAAGAAGGGACAGUUGUAUUGCGGACGCCACUACGGAGACAGUGAGAAACCACGCUGCGGGGGCUGUGACGAGCUGAUCUUCAGUAAUGAGUACACACAGGCUGAGGACCAGAACUGGCAUCUGAAGCACUUUUGCUGCUUUGACUGUGACUGUGUGCUGGCUGGAGAGACGUACGUUAUGGAGAACAACAAGCCUGUCUGCAAGCCCUGCUACAUGAAGAGCCACGCCGCGGUGUGUACAGCCUGUCAGAACCCAGUGGAGCCCGAGGCCCAGCGCGUGUCCUACGGGGAGUUUCACUGGCACGCUGAGCCUCAGUGCUUCCAGUGCUCCUGCUGUGCUAAGUGUCUAAUUGGAGAGCGCUUCAUGGCCAUACAGGGAAUGCUCUUCUGCUCUGUCGAGUGCAAGAAGAAGACCAUGACCUAGAGAAGACCGUGACCGCAGUGUACUGUACAGCAGCUCAACCUUCUCCGGCAUCCCGACCACAAUCGUAAUUUGAACUAAGCCUGGUCUAGAAUACAAACAAUAGUCUAACAAUGAAAUAAUUAAUUAAUUAUUAAUUAUUAUUAAAUUAAUUAAUUAGACUUGACCACAAGAGCUUAGCUAAUUAUUUUCAGUUUCCAAGUUCCUGAUGGGAUGGGGAAAAUAAUGCCUUAAAUCUAUUGAUUCGUCUUCUCUUAACAAGAUUCUCCUCUACAUCUUCUCUCUACAUGCACUGUUUUGUUCCACCUCUUUGUUUACUGAGAUUCCUUUGGUUGGAAUUUUUUUUUUUCAGAACACUUUCCUCCUUCUGAGUUUAAAGCAGCUAUGGAUGAUUCUCAACUCUGUCUACUCAAGUAUUUUUUUGGUAUUGUAUCAGGAUCCCCAUUAGUUGUUGCAAAAGCAGCAGCAGCUACUCUUCCUAGGGUCCACAGAAAACAUAACUUGACAUGGUACAGAACAUUAGUAGACAAGAACAGUGUCCUUCCUCAAAUCCGGCUGCUUUCUCUCUAGAAUGUACUACUGAACUCUAAGCAGUAUUAUCAUUAACAAUUGCGGUGUAAUAGUAUUACAAUACGUGAUACUUUAUGUGCAGUAUUUCUGUUCUGCAGGAAGCAGCCUUUCAGUGUUGUAACAGGCUAUGCAGACUAUGCAAUGUGACCAACUGAUUCUCUCCAACCCAGUCCUGGAGAACCCCUGAUAACGCAGGCUUCCACAAGUGACAUUAUUAUGGACAACAUCACUGAAAUGUGAAGGCAGGUGAUGUCAUAUCUUCAGAACAUCUUAAAAUGAUGAUGUACUUUGGAGGACCAAUGAAAUGAUCCGAAAUCGUCGAGUAGUUAUCUGUACUGUGGCGUCAACUUACCUACUGCCUUCUCUCCUUCCUGCAGUCUUUUUAUAUUAUAAUCGGUUUCCCUCGCAGUCUUCACAAUAACUGCCAUUGGCUUUCCUUUAUUUCUCUUGCACUUUAUAUUUUAUCCUCACACUGUAACAACCUAAUAAAGUUUUUUUGCAAUGA